UUUUAAAAUAGGUUUUUCGAUCCUUUUUUCCUUCCGCAGCAUCACUUCCAAGUUUCAACAAAACAUACUUUUGCUCCCACAGUACCAUCACCACCGCUGGCCGCUCCGUCGCCACUCUCCUUCAUCGCGUUCGGUCGCUUAUAUUCAUUUUUCUGUCGCUUCUAUUCGCUUCGGAGUCCCGAGAACCACCGGUUGUUCGUUGCUCCCAUUCUCACCGAUCUCUCCAUUGAUUUAUUCCCUUCAGCAACCUCCUCCGCCUCUACCCUUCAACUUAUUGCUUCUUCACAACCCAAAGCACAACUGGAGAAAAAUAUCACAUUUUGUGUGUCUUAAUCUUGCGGCCAAGAUGAUGUCUAAGGAUGUGGAGCGUCCUAUAUUCAAUGGUCCCAAAGACUCUGCUCUGUCUGGUGAAGCACAAGUAACAUGGUAUGGUAGUUUACUCAAGCAAGUAUCUGUCUAUGGAAUAGCAGCAGGAUACUGCAUCUCAGCUUCUCUUCUCUCCAUCAUCAACAAAUGGGCUGUCAUGAAAUUUCCUUACCCAGGGGCACUAACUGCUUUGCAGUACCUGACAAGUGCAGCUGGUGUAUUCCUCUGUGGAUGGUUCAAGGUCAUAGAGCCUGAUCCACUUGACCUUCUGACAAUGUGGCGAUUCCUACCUGCAGCCAUUAUAUUUUAUCUGUCUCUCUUCACCAAUAGUGAGCUCCUCCUACAUGCUAAUGUUGACACUUUCAUUGUCUUCCGUUCAGUAGUUCCCAUGUUUGUUGCUAUGGGAGAGACCCUUUUCUUGCACCAGCCAUGGCCUUCCAUGAAGACAUGGAUCUCAUUAGGCACCACCUUUGGUGGCAGUGUGCUUUACGUUCUUACUGAUUACCAGUUCACAUUAACUGCCUAUACUUGGGCUGUUGCAUACUUGGUAAGCAUGUCUAUAGAUUUUGUCUACAUAAAGCAUGUGGUUAUGACUAUCGGUCUAAAUACAUGGGGUCUUGUACUGUACAAUAAUCUUGAGGCUCUCCUAUUGUUUCCUCUUGAGCUACUUAUAAUGGGGGAGUUGAAGAAAAUAAAGCAUGAAAUCUCAGAUGAGUCUGACUGGUACUCUUUUCAAGUGAUUUUUCCUGUGGGUUUAUCAUGUUUAUUUGGGUUGGCCAUCUCUUUCUUUGGGUUCUCAUGCCGAAGGGCAAUUUCUGCUACAGGGUUCACUGUUCUUGGUAUAGUUAACAAGCUAUUGACAGUUGUGAUUAAUUUGGUUAUUUGGGACAAACAUUCGACUUUCAUGGGGACCAUGGGGCUCUUGAUUUGUAUGCUAGGUGGGGUUAUGUAUCAGCAGUCUACAACCAAUAAGCCCAAAGCUGUUAAUGAAGCUGCAGUACAAGAGAGAGAGGAGGAACAACUGAAUUUACUUGAAAUGCAAGGCAACACAGAGGGCAAUAACAAUGAAAAGGAAGUCAUUGAGAUAGAAGAGAAGUGAAAGGGUUUAAAAUAGGAGCAUUCUGGGCCUUCUUCCAUCUGCACAUGAAAACCAUUCUGCAAUUCAACAUGGCUGAUGAAUUCUUGGGGGAAUUUGUCAUCCAAACAACAAUCUCUGUAUGCACAGAUACUUGAAUCGAAGAUUCAGGCUCAGGUCUAAUGCAUAUAUGGCGUUUAAUCUGGUCAGUCUUUUGUCACCCUAACUCAAAACUUGACCUUUUCAAAUUGAUACAUGAUUUCUAUUUCUCAUCCAACAAACUAGGAUGGGAGGGAGUUUUGCAUUCUUUUGUUUAUAUUACUAUCAUGAACAUUUAUUAACCCAAGCAACCCUCACCAUCUUACUGGUGCCUAAGAUUAUUAAUGCCUUUAUUGUAUGAAGGGGAAGUCAGGCCCUUUCCUUUUACCGCAUGUCAUUGGCAUAUUGGAUGGUUUCCUUUGGAAGAGUAUAUGGGCUGGUGUGUUGGGUGGAUUCUUAAGGGAUAUUACCUGGGAUAAAAACGACACCGUCCGGCUUUAUUGAUUCUUUAUCAGGUAUGGUGGUUUCGUUUUAUCGGCUAAGGGGGUUGAGGGUAUGGUGCCAUUCCCAUUUUCAGAUUUCAAGCAUUCACAAUCACAAGGGUCAUUGAGGGCAGAGGAUUUACAAAUUAUAUGGUCCGUUUUAUUGGGCGUGACCUUUACCAGGAAAAACCUAACUUCAUCUUCAUGACAUUAAUG